GGACUCCAGGAUCCUCAGCCUGUCUGAGCGGCCUCCAAACAACUAGUACGGAGCCCAGACCCCAGCAGUGUAGUUGAAACUGUUGCCUUGCGAAGACUCCAGACCCAUCGUGUAGACUGUGCGGACUCCAGGAGUAUGGCAUUGACUGCAGACAUCGCGCGUGGGUUUUACAAGAACCGCUCAGCCUAUAAACCUCUGGUGCAGACUGCAAGGGUGGAGACUGUACGGACUCCAGCUGCCAAGCAUGGACCCAAGCCAUCUUAUGAAAAUAGCAUGAACGCCAGACACCUUACACGAACAAAUGCCUCACAAAAAAUUCAAGGAUGCCAGAAGCCUCGCAAGGACUCCAGGCGCCAUGCGUGGGUGGCAGAGAUUCCAGACGAUUCGCAUCGUCACCAUAUACUGGCCACGGAUUGCACGGAAGCCAAAUACCUGAUACGGGUUCCAAACAGUUGCCAUGGAUUGGAUGGACUCCUGGAGGACAAAAUUAGGUCGAAAAUGAAUCGUGUAGGUGGAAUCACUGCGAGUUAUAGGAAUUCGUACAAACACAACAUCUGCUUAGACAUGCUGCGGGAGGGUUAUCACAGGUCCUUUUCAGAGCUCUCUGCUCUGAUCCACAAGUUGAAUGCCUUUAGGGAGGCUGAAGGGCCCGGGUCAGACAUAUGGCAACAGAAGACUCUGGAGGAGCAGCAUGAGAAGCUGGAUAAGCUUCAGUGUUUCCUGACCAGGGCGGAGGCCGCCCAGAGAGCAGGGCUGUAUGAGGAAGUCUAUAAUAGCCAACUUUCACUGGCAUGUUACUUUAAAGGAACAGAGGAUAAACUGCUUUCAGAUUACUUCUUUGAAACCUGCCUCAAAACCACUGCCAUGAUUUCAUCAGAUGAAAGACAAAAAGAAGCUGAAGCAAAUGCAAACCUGGGCUUGGCUUAUGAAGAGAAAGGUCAGCUGAAUAAAGCUGUUGAGCAUUAUGAGGCAUUCUAUCAACUCUCUGUGGAAAAGCCGUGGCAGGAUGAGGAUGGCUGUAGUCACUACGCACAGGCCUGUGAGAAUCUCUGGAGGAUUUACACGUUGCUAGCAGACAAAAUGCUUGAAUGUGACAAACGCAGAGAGGCAAUCAAAACUCUCAUAAAAGCUUUUGAAAUAGCUAAGGAAGGGGGCGACAGGAAGAUGGAAGGAUUAGCUGCGUACCGUGUGGCUUUAGCUUACCAUGCUAAUGGAGAUCCACAAACAGCAAUCAAAUAUCUACAAAUGUAUUUGAAAGUAUCCGAACUCCUGAAUGAUGAUUUUGGCUUGAGCAAAGCCUACGAAGCUAUGUCUAAGGCCUUGGUAAGCGUGGGAAAUAUCAAUGAAGCCAUUCGUUAUCUUGAAAUGUUUGUGGAGGUGGCAAAGAGACUCAGUGAGAAACGGAGCCUAGUGGAUGCAUGCAAAUCCCUUGGGGUCAUUUAUAAUACCCUGGGCCGAUAUGACUUGGCUUGCGAGUACAUUUCACAAGCAUAUGAUAUUGCCAUAACGUUAAGUGAUCUACCGCUGCUGGAGAUUGUGCAGGUUCACUUUGGUAUCGCCAAGGCUCACUCAAUGAUGACCGCGGUUUGUAGAAACAUUGAAGCUGGUAAACGUGUCAAUCUCGACCGUUUGGUGAUAUGGAAGAAUAAUAGAAUAGACAUGUUCAAUGAGCCCAUUACAGAUGCAGUGGAUGAAACAUUCGAGGACGAUGCUUCAGAAACAGCCAUGGAAAAGAAAUAAAUUUGUCUCCAUUAAACAAAGCAAGGGCUGAAGAAAGAUGAACAAGAAAACUCAAUAAAAUCUUUGAUAAUCUUUGAUGUUCAAGGCAGCCGCAUAUUUUGGCCAGUUGCUGUACUUUUGAUUUUUCAUAUAGCAUAGGUUAAAACAUGAUUAAGACAACUAAGCAACACUGAAGAAGAUCUUAUUCUUUACAACCAACUUCACUGAGAAUAACUCAUGGAGCCUUAUUUCUUUGCUUGCUCUUCUAAAGCCAAAGGAAGCAAAUAUAAUAACUUUGAUGUCCCUGUGUUGUGUAUUUUUAUGUUACUAAAUCAGACCUCUAAAUAAGGGUAUUAUUCAGUUGUAAGUUCCAAAAAUACAUUCUGGGAUAUAGAAUGCACCUCUUUUUAUCAAUGCAAUAAUAGUUCUUGAAAAUUGCAAAUAAUGAACGAAAAUGAAUAUGCAUUAUUAACAGGAAACAUUUGGAUUGAACUAAAGCAAUUGUGACACACACGUAUUGCUUCAAAUAAUCAUUCUGGUUUGUUGUGUUUGUUAUUCAUAAUGCAUAAUAUCACUUCAUAUCACACACCUCUUUGGCCGUCAUUAGUUCAGCAAAUCAACAGUGGAAUUAUGCACAAUCCAACCCUAAUAGAGCACUUGAUUCUUUAGGAGUCUACCAAUGUCACUAAAUGUAUUGUUCCUUCAAUCAAUCGAUAUUUUCUAGAGUCCAGAGCAUAAAAUUAAAGGAUGGGCUGAAGGACCUUCUUUAUCCGAAUCUCUCAUGAUUACUAUGUUUAAGAAACUUUUUGCUACCAACCUUGUGAACCUGUUAGAAAUUUUGAAAAACUGGCCUUGUUUAAAAUAAAAGUGGUGUAGACAAUGUU